CAAUCGCGAGCGUAACGAAAAUUGCAGAAUACUCAUACUCACCCUUAAGUCUUAUUACUGACAUGUAGGUGAGGGUCGCCUAUCGUUGAAAUUCAUCAAAUUGACUUUACGUUCGUACUAAUAUCAUUUCGACGACGUGCCGGUGAUGAACGCACGACUAUUCAUUGAUUAAUCCUUCGUCCUGAACAAGCGAUACGGCGGCAUUUAUGCCUGAGAGGAACGCAACUGGCAAUAUGAGCAAAACCGGGGAGGGCAAUUUAAGGCAUCUCCACUAUCAGCAGACAGUGGAGUUCAACGGACGAGAAGAUCAACAUUCGGUAGAAUUAUGUAGCACAAAUGUAACUAUUAUCCCUUCUCCCGGUGAUCAUGAUCAUGGUAGCUCAAAAGUAAAGUUGAAAAAUAUUGUUGACUUUACAUGGGAUCAUCAUCUUUACACCGGCCAAUUGUUGGCUGUUCAUGUAUCUGGAAAAUAUUUAGCCUAUGGCAUAAAAGUUGGUACCGGUGGUGGGUUAGUUCGUGUUGUUUACAAGGAGUUGGAACAUAGAGCUCUGCUGCGAGGAAUGCGUGGUUCUAUUCAAGAUCUUGCAUUUGCCCAUGUUUCAAAUGCAAUUCUUGCAUGUAUCGAUUAUACAGGAUCUCUUUUUAUACAUACAAUUGAACCAACACCAUCUGAAUUAUUGUGCAGUUUAGUAUUACAAGUAGAUGCGGAAGAUGUUUCUCCAACUAGUCAUCGAGUAAUCUGGUGCCCAUACAUUCCAGAGGAUGAUGCUUCUGAUGGAGAUGAAGUAUCAAAAUUGUUAGUUCUCACUCGUGGUUCUAAAGUUGAAUUAUGGUCAGUUGCAACAGUGGCAUCAAGAUUUAGAUCAAUAGAGGUAACAAAUCCUGCUGUUAAAGAAAGUGGAGGAAUGAUGGAAAUUGAUCAACAUUCAGGAACAAUUGUUGAAGCAACGCUUAGUCCAGAUGGUACUGCAUUAGCAACAGCUAGUACAGAUGGAGAGAUAAAAUUCUUCCAAGUCUUCCUACAUAAUACUUCACAUAAUGGUCAACCACAACCACGGUGCUUACAUCAAUGGAAACCUCAUGGGGGACGACCUAUCUCCUGCCUAUUUUUUCUUGAUGAUCAUAAAAAUUAUCAACCCGAUGUUCAGUUUUGGAGGUUUGCUGUGACAGGGUGUGACAAUAAUUCAGAACUGAAAGUAUGGUCGUGCGAACUGUGGACUUGUUUACAAACGAUCAAGUUUGCUCCAAAUCCUUCUACUGGUAAAAUGCCAGUGCUGAAAGCAGGCUUAGAUCUUAGUGCUGGAUAUCUAUUCCUAUCGGAUAUUUAUAAUAAAAUUUUAUAUAUAUUAAGUCUUUCAAAAGACAAAGGUGAAGCAUUGGCAUGCAUAAGUACAGUAUCAGAGUUUCUCCUGCCAUAUCCAAUUCUAAGUUUUGGAAUCGUUGAUGCCGAUCAACGUAAGAUUCGAUCGACUGGCGAAUCAUUGGAAGAUCUAUGUACAUGUGAAGAGAUCGAAGAAAGCGAUGAACAACUUGUCAUUUCUAUGUAUCUGGUUCAACCAAAGUCUUUACAAGAGUGUCACAUUGCCUUCAAACCUGCCUCACAAGCAAGUGGCAAUUAUCUUAUAGAUACACUUACUCAUGAUUCGUUAGAUUAUUCCGAAGAUUUGCCAGAUAUGGCAACUGUCACUCACAAUGGCAUUUCCGGUGAGAAUUGUGAAAGAGAGCGCUCUUUAUCCGCUACGAUUGAAACAACGAUUAAUCAUAAUACUAGUGGCUUAAAUCUAAUGACACCUGAUGCAUUUAGUUCACCUGCAAAAAAAGAGAAUAAUGAAUUAGAGUCUAAUUCCGGAAGUCCAGAAUUAGGGAAAGUUUUAUCCGGCAGCCCUUCUCUUGCACAGGCAGUGCAAGCUUUGAAUGUGUCUGAUCCGCCACUCGCAAAAAGCGAGAUGGAGGAGCAAGCCCCUGCCAGUUGCGGUAGCAGUCCUUCAAGAGAAGUAAGAGAAAUUUUGUCUCUUACUAAACCAGACGAAGAAACUGAAAUUGAUAAUAAAUCGGAAACAAAAACAAACGACGAAGAUUGGUCUAAUAUUCCAAUGGUCUUGCUCAAAGAUGUAAAUGUACACGCGAUGCAAGAAUCGGAGGAAUUUUCCGAUGAGAAUAAUCUACAAAGGCAAAAGACGAAAGAUGAACCGAAAGCGAUGUCCCUUUCAAUUGACGAUACUGGAACAUCGUGGCGACCAAGCAGUGAUAUCAAUAAUGUUGAAUUGAACAACAAAUUGAAAUCUAUUUUAGAGAUAAUUCAAGACCAGUGCCAAGAGAUAAAAGAAUUGCGAGCAGAGGUGAGCAGAUUACGAGAAGAAUCGCCGGCAUCCACACGAAUAGAAUCCGCAUUGGCGAGAAUAUCUCAGCAGCAAAAUGCGAAUCUGGAACAAACUUUGUACAGUCAAAUGGCUCGUCAACAUGAAUUUCUAAACACAUUCGAAACAACGAUCAAAGAUAAGAUUGAAAGUAUCUUGCCACAUACAAUUGAAGAAACGAUAAUGCCUUUGAAGCAUCAAAUGAGAUUAGAUGCAAAUCAAAUGGAUGAACUCUUCCAGAAGAAUAUAACUGAAUUAAUAAACAGUGCACGUGUAAAGGAUGCCUUAGCUCUGACAGCUGCAAAUGCAGCUAAGCCUGCUUUGGACGCUGCCUUUAAAGAAAUAUUCACAAGUUUAAUUUUACCUGGCAUGGAAAACAUUUGCCAAGUUAUGUUUAAACAAAUUCAAGAUGUCUUUGUUAAAGGUACUCACGAAUAUCUACAACAUGUCGACGCCAUCGUCGAUAAGCAAUGUCAGCGUCGUAAUGAACAAUUAAGUGAAGCGUUAUCAACAUCAGUACGUGAAGAAUUACAGACUGAACUGAAUAAAAUUUUGACGACAACACAAGAUAGUACCAUUCGAGCAAUUCGUGAUUCCAUACGGGAGAAUCUGAGUCAGCAGCUUACAGAAAUUUCUAGUGCGCGAUCAAGAGCUACAACACCUGCUAUACCUGUAGCUGCUGUAGCUGAUACUCAAGCACGUGUCAUGUCUCUUCUUCAAAGAGGUCAAUUAAAUGCUGCUUUCCAACAGGCUUUAAGUGCAAGCGAUUUAGGAUUAGUAGUAUUAGUGUGUGAAAAAACGGAGCCUUCGAGAGUAUUUUCGUGUGCAGGAGUUCAAGGCCAAGGUUUUAGAUGCAUCUUGCAGCAACCUGUGAUUCUUUCGCUCGUACAGCAGUUAUCUGCUGAUUUAGGACAUCGUACAGAACUGAAACACAGGUGGCUAGAAGAAGCAAUAUUAAAUUUAGAUCCAAAUGAUCCUGUAACACGAGAACAUAUGGGCACUGUGCUAAUAACUCUGCAAAAUCAAUUGGCUGCGUUUGUAGCAAAUAAUCCGAAUCAUCGAUCAACGCGUCGCAUGAAAAUGCUCGCUAUGGCUGCGCGUGCACUAUUAAAUCAGCAUCCUUGACCGCCACAUUUGUGAGAUUAUUUAAAUAUACAACAUAAGAUUUUGUACGUUCUGUUUAAAGACUACUUUUGUCUAAAAAGCAAUAUUUACAGAAGUCAUGUUUAGGACUGGCAGUGAUUUAUAUAAAAUGUGGAACAAAUAUUCUAAAAAAUGAAUUUAUUAGCGUUCGUGCUAUACUUUACCAAAAUACAUUUAAAUCCGAUUUAAUUUUAUUUACAACGUUUAUAUAUCUUUAAUAUGUGCGAUAAAUUAUGUUAUUCAUUUUUAUCUGUUUAAAUACUUCACAAUGAAAAUUUUUUUUAAAGUUUUUACAUAAACUGCUUAAUUUAAUUCUAGGAGCGAAAAUAUAAAAAAAGAAAUGUUUUAAGUUGAAUGUAAAAUAUUGUUGAUUUGACGAUAGAUUAAUACUAGAAAAUAUUCAGUAUUAAUGUUGAUGAAAGAAAAAUAUUUUUUUGUUCUGAUUAAACUCUGCAUGAAGGAUGCUAUAUCGAUGAUGUGUAAUGACUAUAAAAAUGAAUUUUCACUUGUAAGCUAGCUGACAGUAAAAGAAAUUAAAUAUAAAGAA